AUGAAUGACCGAGAGAGGCGGUCAAACGACGCGGAGAGCCCGGGGCGUUCCGACGGGGAAGAUGAUGACCAGGGGGAAGUCGUUAUGGAGGAAUACUACGACGAGGGGCCUGACUACUGCAAGUUGGUCCAGCACUACUCACUGACCUACACCGCGCUGUUCAUCUCCCUUAUUGUGUAUGCCUGCAUUGGUGCGGCCGUCUUCAAGGCUUUGGAGUACCCAACAGAGUUCGAACUCUACCGACAGGAACGCGCUGAGUACAUCAGCAGAGGGAACACUCUUAUCAGCGCGCUGUGGAACGUCACGUCAUCCUAUGGGGACGAGGAGGAGGGUUGGAGGUAUAAAGCAAAACUAGCCAUCCAUCGUCAUGACCUGGAGACGGGGUCAUUCGUUCCACCUGCCCAUAAACGCACGGUCAAGUGGUCAUUUGCUGGGGCAUUGUUCUUCUCAUGUACAGUGAUUAGCACAAUAGGUUACGGUAACAUAGCACCAGUCACCAAUGGCGGUCGAAUAUUCUGCAUCAUCUACGCCGUGUUCGGCAUUGCAAUGUUGCUCCUAGUCCUCGCUAGCAUCGGCUCACUGUUCGCCCGAGGUGCCACUCUGACGUACCGCCUGCUUCAUUUGAAUAUUCAAAUGGCAAAGGGAUUAGCCCCACCCCCGAAGAAGGAGAAGAAGUUACGACCGGUCCGUGUGCCGGCACCCGGUGAGCAGGGCGAAGGAGGUGCAGAGUGCCAGGGCAUGCCGUUGCAUGAGGAGGAUAAACGCCCUGACAUGGACGAUGUGAUACGGGACAUAUGGAGCAACGAGCCGGAGAUACCUCCGGGUGAUAUACCGCCAAUGAGGAUCGUGACCCUCAAAGAGCCAGCUGGGGAUCAGGAGGAAGGAGGUGAGCGUCCCGCUAAGAAGAAACACCAAACAGAGGAGGAGGAAGACGGUGGGGAUGAACAAGAGCAGGUUGAUAUACCAUUGAGCAUUGUACUAGUGUUUGCCUUGAUGUACGUGUGCUUACUAGCAGGUCUUCUAUCCGUCUGGGAGCAACAGUGGAACUACUUUGAAGCCUUUUACUUCUCUUUUAUCACUCUGACCACAAUCGGCUUCGGGGACUUGACCCCAGUGCACCAGAAGAACCUCCUGGGCUGCACGUUCUUCAUCCUACUCGGCAUGGCGAUCAUGUCCAUGUGCAUUGCGCUUGCGCAGGAGAUCAUCAUGAAGAAAGUGGCGUGGAUCAGUGAGAGGGUGGGCGUGGCACUCAUCAAGGCUAAACCCGCAUCGUAACAUAACAGUUUGCUAUGAUGACCUUUAACCUUUGGCGUCUCGCGCACCAGAAAGAUGGGAUGUUCACCCCCUUUUAAUUCCGCGUUAAACUUAGACUGGUCCCCCGUAUCCGCAAGAAAAAGGACAGGUGUUGAAUUUGUAUACAUUGUAGCAUACGUCGAAUUUAACUGCGAAUCUCCCGCCAGGACCACGAAUGCCAUGUAAAAUGAAUGCAGGGAGGUCAAAGGUGACUAUGAAGGUCUAGUAUAGCAUAAAUCACGAGCCUUGAAGUGUGAUGUCAGAAUGUUCAGACUAGCGGGAGUCUGCUUAAUGCUUAAAAGUGAACGGGAGAAUAAAGCAAACCGAACAGGUUGUAAAGGCUCCGAUGAGUAUUGCCUAUAAGCAGAUUGAGCACAUUACCACUACCACGUGAUUUGAUAAUGGAUGACGUAACGCGUGCUACGCCAAUCAAAAUGGCAAGAAUGCAUGACCGAAGUUAUUUAUAAUGUACUAGCCAAGUUCAUUUUGAUGUGAGAUGCAAGGAGGGUUAUCUACAUAGUAGACGCACGUUUAGAGUUUAUAAAAAGGAAAACAGUCAGCUUCAAAAAGUUGGUCUUCGGGAGCUGCAUGGUGUGUGUGGGGACUGAGGCGGGGGCCGGACCCCCUGGGCACCGAUAGUCUGGAUUCACGCCUGCAUCGCUUAUAGGAAUAAACACUGGAAUGUUAUUAGGCUACACAUUUGUAAAUUAUUAACAAUAAUUAAUUUGUAUGACAUAUAAAUAAUACUUACCGAAACUGCACGCUAACGCUCGUGGGGGACGGAGCGCCGCUGGCCCCCACGAGCCACCUCUCCGACGAGUGCCUCCUGCUCUGCACUUUGCCGUGCACCCAGAACACCGUCUUUCCACCAAGUCGGGGCCCCGUGCCGAGACAAUCUGGUUCCUUAAUACUCAACAGUGUAAGUUAAUGUUGCCUAAACAACGAAUGAACAUACUGCUUUGUACAUAGUCAAUUAAAAAAUACAAACUUAUUAAUGGGUUGUGGAGAAACCAUGAAUUGGCUAAGUUCGCACAAGGAAAACCUCGUCGACUGGAGUACGAUAUUGUGUGCCCAAUUUCCUACAGCUGUCUCCGCAAAGUACAUCAAUUCCAUACUGUUGUAAAGGUUUAACCAGCAGAAAUGGUAUGUGUUCAAUUGGUUGCUGGUAUCUCUUAUAGUGCGCUUAGCAGAAAAGUGUUUAGAACAUUUUUCUUUGUAAGCAGCUCUAUGAAAUUGAGCCCUGUUCGUAUUUCUGUGUGACCAUAGAGCAAGGAAUGGUAUAAUGAACUUACUGUUGUUUACUAUAAUAAUUAAUUGUGGAAGUUGACUGAUGUUGAUUGAAAAAAUAUACAAAAUUGCUGUGCGAAUUUAAGCCAAAACCUAAUAUUUUUUAUUAAACAUUUUUAUCUGUGGCCUUCAGCUGUCAUUUAAAAGGUUUUAUAAAUCAAAACAAGUAGUAAAACACUGUUAGAUAAUCGCAAACAAAUUGCACUUAAGUUCGAGAAGCACUAUUUUACUAUUGAAAGGUGGGUAGACAUAAUGAUUGACUUGAAACAAAGAAUUGCUUAUGCGUGACACUUGAGGGCGCUCUCAUGUUUUGUAAUGUCACGUGUUCUACGAACUACACACAUGUCAGAACGGUCGCUGUCAAAACAAACACAGAAAUAAUUCGCUGGGAAUAUCUUUCGUUUUAAAGCAAGAAAACCAAAAGGAAGGCUUCCUAUAUCUCCAAAAGUCCAAAUAGAUCUACCAUCAUCAAUGACUGGUUCAGACUGCCUCAUGGUAGAUGAGCUGCACUUUCCAGUUAAAGGCCCUGGACACUAUUGGUAAUUACU